GAAAAAAGUCGCUCCGAACUUCAACUCCGUCUAAACGCCCCAGAUUGCAACCAGGAAACAAUCGCGCAACGAUGCUUCAACCCAGGCUCUUAACGCCCCUCCGGGCCCUGGGAGGAGUAAUCACUCGUUCGCCUACACCAAUAACCCGCUUACUCCCGCAACAAUCAACAUCCCAAUCGCUCCUCCCCCGAACGGCCUCCGCUGCAACAACACCAUCGCCAAUCCUUUCCAGCAACCUUCCUCUUUUCUCAUUCUCCCAAGUUCGACAUGCUUCUCACUCUGCCCAAGGAGCCGCAAACAAGCACUCUCGUGAUCCGGCCGGAAAGCGCCUCGGCGCGAAGCGCACAGGCGGCGAAUACGUCGUUCCCGGAUGCAUCAUCUUCCGCCAGCGCGGUACAAAAUGGUUUCCCGGCGAAAACUGCGCCAUGGGAAGGGAUCACACCAUUUACGCUACGGAGGCCGGAUAUGUUCGCUAUUACCUUGACCCCGAGCGCCAUUCGGAGAGGAAGUAUAUCGGAAUUGUAUUUGAGAAGGAAGGCAAGUUACCUACGCCUCGGAAUGCGCCGACGCGACGCAAGUUGAACCGAGUUGCUGUUCCGAGAUUGCCAGAUGUUAUCGAGGAAGGACAGUCGGAUCUAACCGUUGUCAUGAAUGAGAGUGGGACAACGGUUGGGGAUGUGGCGGCUGUGGAUGCGGGCGCUGGGAAGCAGUUGCGCCCUGGGUACAUGUGGCGUGAGGCAAACUGGCAGAUUGGACGAGCUGCUGAGAAGGCCGGUAUCACCGCCCAGCCGUACAAGAAGGAUAAUCGGUGGUUGGCUUGGAGGAAGAGACAGGCUAGGGCUGAACGUGUUGCCCAGAUGAAGAGUUUGAAGAAUAAGAAGAAGGCGUCGAAGAAGGCCAAGCGAUGAAUUAUUGACUCUAAUAGUUUGUCUCCAAUUGCUCGUGUUCUCAUCUUGGGACUGGUGUUCUCUGUACUAUAGGAAGAUAUUAUGUGAUAAGCCUCUGUUCAAUAUAACCGCAUUUCAGAUUAUUGCCAAGCAGAAUAAUAACUAAAAAUCAAGGUCAUUCUU